AUUUUUGAUUCCAGUGGAUCAACAGGUAAACCCAAAGGUGUCCUCCAUACAGUUGGUGGCUAUAUGAUGUACACUGCCACGACCACCAAGUAUACAUUUGAUAUACAAGAGGAUGAUGUCUACUGGUGUACAGCAGAUAUAGGUUGGAUAACAGGUCAUUCUUAUAUAACCUAUGGACCAUUGUUGAAUGCCUGCACAGGUGUCAUGGUAGGUACAUUAACAUUAAGAGGUGAGAAAAAAGUUACCUACCGUAUUAUCUCUAUUAAACGCACACUCUCUAAUAAACGCACACCCGACUUUUUGUCCCAGGUUAGAAAGUCCUGUCCAGAUAAUAUUGAGAUCUGACGAAGCUCUAAUAAAAAAAAACAUUGUGGGCGAUAAUAGAGUAUUUUCACCGUUGGUUAAAAUAAUGCAUCAUGAUUCAUGACGUCACGAUUUCCCAUCAUGCAACGCAUGCAACGUAAGAAAUUUCUUCAGGUGUUCAUGUAAAAAACACAAUAGUGUAUUUAUAUACUAAAUUUGUCGUCUAGGAGCUCACAAUUCAAGGUAAAAACAUAACAUAAAGCAUAUUCUCUCUAAUAAACACACAUAUCUACUAUAUUUGAUCGAUUUUAGGUAUAGAAGUAAAUUUUC